AUCUAUCCGUCCUACUUCCCAUUCGCUAACAUGGCGCCCCCAAGGGCACCUGUGACUUCGAAGGCAGACCCAACCGAUCUCGCUCGCCUCCGUCUCCGCUAUGAUAUCCUCGCGCGAGACUCGCCCGAGCUCAUGGACAGAACACCUCCCCGGUGGACGAGGUGGCUGCUGGGCGCCGACGAGGACAAGGGCAAUCCCGAGGAUGGCAUCACGCUCGAGAUGGAUGCAAAGAAAGGACGCAAGCAUGGGCCGCCACUGAUGCCUGGUGGCGAAAUCGAUGGCCGCUCCCGCAUGUUUUCCCGCCAGUGCGUGAUGGUCCGAGCCACAUUCUCUGUGGUGCAGAUGCAGACGCAGAGAGAGAUAGACCUCGGGACGGUGAGGGCAUGGAUCGCAUCAGAGAACUUCGACGUCGGGGAGACGGCGCGUAUCGAACAAUAUUUUGGAGUGCAUAGGGCCAUCGAGUAUAUCGAGUGCCCUCCCGGGUACAGGCUGGCUUCUAAAGUGAGGCCAGGUAAUGACAAUAACAACAACAACGAGAGCGACCAUUCAGACUCGUCAGAGUCGGAGGGGCAGGGGACCGCAGAGCCGACUGCCACGAGUAGGCGGACCAUGCGCAGGACAGAGGAUACCGAGGUCGAGACGAAGCGCGAGCCAAUUGACCGCAAAACGUUGAUGAGAUCGGAGAGCUUGGUGGGGCCGAAGACAAGAUCGGCUCGGAAGCGGACCCAGCCUGACCACGAAGGAGUGGCCAGUACCUCUGGAAAUAGCAGAAGGGUCAGACGAAAAUGAUUAUGUAUCACCCGAAAGCGGAGUAUAUGCCGUGCGCGUGUAGCGUCUACAUCGUGUAAUGUGGCGUCCUACUCGGCUCGAAUACUCAUGACCGUGACUGUCUGGUACUCUUCCUUACCCAACCCGACUCGACUGUAUUAAUGUACUCAUUAGCUUUACCUUUCCUCGGGCUCGUAUCUUGAUAUUUUCCUUUCU